AUGGUUACGGGACCCUCGGAUACGGGUAUUGUGACCACCAUUAAGAAGGCGUCCUUUCAUGACAACGACACCUUCUACUUCAGGAGCGGUUCCAACCCGGAGAAUGCCUGGUCACCCAAAGGGGAUGACUAUAAAUCUAAGGAGAUAAUAGCGGUGCCCAAUAGGGGGGAGGAGAGCAACAUAUUCCUGCGAUUUAAGCCCAACACUAAGCAAACCCAACACAACGCCGGCUUUGAAAUAGCCUUCACUGCGUUCAGAGAGAAGGGCUCGACGUGUGGCGAUGACUUUGACUGCGAGAACGGGCGAUGCAUUUGGCCGGAGCUCCAGUGCGACGGAUAUAACAACUGCGGCAAUGAGAAGGACGAGGCCGGCUGUGCGGGAAUGUUUGACUCCGUACUGGUGCUGGUGGUGAGGAAGGCACCGGUUUGGCACUACUCCAUGGUUGCCAUCCCAUACUUGGUCACCACACAUAUCAUCAUAACAACGAGUGCCUUAAAGCCAACGCAACCACGCAUUCAGACAACUGGUUGUCUAACUGUACGACAAAACAAGUUCUUCGAUACACAGCCACAGCCGCAGAGGAGGCGGAGGAGGAGGAAGGCAUACAAAGCAUACAAACGCACAAUACUAUUGCCAAACCUAUUGCCAAAUUCAUUUAUUCCGGAGUACUGUAUACCCCUCAGCUAUAACCACAAUAUAAAUAAAGUGCAAUUACAAAGUAGUGGAAACGAUUCCGUGCUAAUCAUCACCGCAUACCUCUACGAAGGCUUAAAACUGACCGAUGGCUUUGAAUGUCAUGUGAUGGUUACGGGACCCUCGGAUACGGGUAUUGUGACCACCAUUAAGAAGGCGUCCUUUCAUGACAACGACACCUUCUACUUCAGGAGCGGCUCCAACCCGGAGAACGCCUGGUCACCCAAAGGGGAUGACUAUAAAUCUAAGGAGAUAAUAGCGGUGCCCAAUGGGGGAGAGGAGAGCAACAUAUUCCUGCGAUUUAAGCCCAACACUAAGCAAACCCAACACAACGCCGGCUUUGAAAUAGCCUUCACUGCGUUCAGAGUGAAGGGCUCGACGUGUGGCGAUGACUUUGACUGCGACAACGGGCGAUGCAUUUGGCCGGAGCUCCAGUGCGACGGAUAUAACAACUGCGGCAAUGAGAAGGACGAGGCCGGCUGUGCGGGAGUCAGCCUUUGGAUAAUUAUACUGUUGAUUGCCAUCGGAGUGCUCGUCGUAAUGCUGGCUAUUUUUGUCUGGUAUAGAAUGGCUCAGAGAUAAGGGCUGAGUCUCUCUGCACUUGGAUGUGUGUGCACUGUAUGUAUGGAUUGUCUCAUUAGAUAUUGUGCUCUAAAACCUCAUCACUUGUGGAUGUUUUCCGCUAACGAUUAAUCAUUGCAUUCGUUUCAUUCAAAUGGAUUUUUGUUACUAAUUAUUUCUCUCA